CCGCGGCGGCUGGAGUGGAAUAUCAUCGCCACCGUCUCGUCGACUAGAAGCCGUGGUAUAUUUUCCUUCCCUCAAAACAUCUGCACUGCCUUCUUCAAUUGGGAUUCAAUCUCAAUCGAAUCGAAGAAGAAAUGCCCGGGUUAACAUGCAACGCUUGUAAUAAAGAAUUUCACGACGACGCCGAACAAAAACUCCAUUACAAGUCCGACUGGCAUCGCUACAAUCUCAAACGCAAGGUAGCUGGUGUUCCAGGAGUGACCGAAGCAUUGUUUCUGGCGAGACAGUCUGCACUUGCUCAAGAGAAGGAUAAAUCAAGCGAGACCCCUCUACUCUAUACAUGUGUUCUCUGUGGUAAAGGAUAUCGAAGUUCCAAAGCUCAUGCUCAGCAUCUUAAAUCACGGAGCCACAUCAUGCGUGCUUCUCAAGGAACAAACCAAGAUGAGGAUAAGGCAGUGAUUAAACCACUUUCCCAUCGUGUCAUGAGUAAGCAUCCCCUGAAAAAGGAAGUAGAUGAUGAAGUAAAUGAAGAUAGUGAUGAGUGGGAAGAGGUUGAUCCAGAUGAAGAGUUGGUUGCUGAGGCCACAAAGUCAUUGACUGUAAACGAGGCCUCUGAUGAAGAUAUGGAUGAGGGUGAAAAUGAUGAUUUGUUGGAUCCAUCUUGUUGCUUUAUGUGUGAUCAAGAGCAUGAUAAUUUAGAAAGCUGCAUGGUUCACAUGCACAAGCAGCAUGGCUUUUUUAUUCCUGAUGUUGAGUAUUUGAAGGAUCCAAAUGGCCUUCUUACUUAUCUCGGUCUCAAGGUGAAGAGGGACUUCAUGUGUUUGUACUGCAAUGAUAGAUGCCAUCCGUUUAACAGCUUAGAAGCUGUUAGGAAGCAUAUGGUUGCAAAAAGUCAUUGUAAAGUACAUUAUGGUGAUGGUGAUGAUGACGAAGAAGCGGAAUUAGAAGAAUUCUAUGAUUAUAGCAGCAGUUAUGUGGAUGAGGAUGGGAAACGGCUGAUUGCCUCCGGUGAUAUGACCAACACUGUAGAACUUGGAAGUGCUGGUUCAGAGCUUAUCAUAACCACAAGAUCUGAUAAUAAAAUAUCAUCCAAAACCUUGGGUUCCCGAGAAUUUUUGCGCUAUUAUCGCCAGAAACCACGUCCCUCACCUGGCAAUGAUGGGGCCAUUGCUGCUGCACUGGCCUCUAGGUACAGAAGCAUGGGAUUGGCAACUGUGCAGUCAAAAGAGCAGAUGGUGAGGAUGAAAGUGAUGAAGGAAAUGAAUCGCUCAGGUGUAGAGGCAACGCGUACCAAAAUUGGCUUGAAGAAUAAUGUUAUCAGGAACCUUCCCAAGAAUGUGCCAUAUUAGUCUGGGAACUUAUCUCUUCGUUGUUAUAAUAUUGAAGACCACAUUUUGCUAGAAGUUUGAGAGAUGUUUGUGAUUUUCUAUGAAACAUGUUGAAUGGUUUUUUUUACGUUAUCGUUUGCAAUUUACUAAAUUAACUACUAGUUUUGCCCGUGCA